UUACGGGAUUGCCGUUACGACAAAGGCACUCGACUAAAGGAGUCUAGGUCUAGGACGCAAGUAGGGACUAUCGCCACGGUUUCGCAAGAGAAGACCAUCCGAAAUCUCGGAGCACAUCGGCGAUCCUCCGGCGAGGAGGACAGGUGGACGUACGGGGUCUAUGGUGAGCAAAAGAGAGAAGCACGAGGUCGGGAGGAGAGGGAGAGAAUCGUCUCACAACUGAAUUACUCUCACUCGAGAGGCCCCCGUCUCUUCUUCGUGGGGGCCCCACGCAUAUCCCCCUGCUUCUCCCGGAGGUAUAAAUGACUCCGGUGUACCUUCCACGGAGUCACAGAACUGAGGCGGCAUCGCAGAAGCCGACAUGAAUCCUCUGAUCGUGUGUAUGGUUGUCGGUCUGGCUGGGUUCGCCCUGGCUGAGGCGCCUGUGUCCUCCGGCUACAGUUACAGCAGACCAAGCGGAGGCGGCGGCGGUUUUGGUGGCGGCUUUGGCGGCGGCGGCGGUUUCGGCGGCGGUGGCGGUUUCGGUGGCGGCGGCGGCGGUGGCUACACCCAAGUGUCCCCCGGCUUCCAGACCAACGAAGGCGCCUCCGUGGACAGCGCGCUGCUCGAGCAGAUCCGCCAGAUCCUCCUGAAGGAAGAACUGCAGUCCCAACAGUCUGGUGGAUUCGGCGGCGGUGGCGGCGGCGGUGGUUACCCUAGUUCCAGCUACGGAGCACCAUCCUCGCAAUACGGUGCCCCGUCGCCGCAGUACGGCGUGCCCAGCUACCAAACCCGUGUUGUCGGCAUUGAUCUCGAGGGCAUCAGACAGGCCAUCCAAGUAGCCCAAUUCAACCAGGUCUCCCAAGGCGGCGGUGGCGGUGGUUACCCCAGCGGACCCAGCAGCAGCUAUGGAGCGCCCAGCAGACCGUCCGGUAGCUACGGUGCGCCGUUCUAAGGAAUCACCUUGGUUUUGAUGAUGAUGAUGAUGACGAUGAGAGAAAGAGAGUGAGAGAAUGAAUGAGAGAAUGAGAGAGUGAAGAGAGAGAGUGGAUAAUGGCACCGGCCGACGACAACGACUACUUUCCGAGACGCAAGCUGUAGAAAAACUUACGGAGAAGAUCGGGUAAUACUGGAAGAGGAUCAUGACUGUCUACGAAUUGCCGGACCAGUUUCUCCCAGAAGUGACACAUUCCUCGGGCUCGUAACUCGGAAGGUCGUCGAUGCCAGGGUCAGAUUGUCGCGCGGAUCAACAUUUGAAGAUCGCCCGACCGGAGCUGGAUCGUCGUGUGAUCCGCGUUAUCCGGCUUAUCUCGCGGCUCCAAAGCAUCUUCGCGUCCUUCGACCAACUAAUGUCAAUCGACUGGGUCAGUAAGGACAAAGCCAAGACGAAGACGCGCGCGAGAAGUGGAAAUGGGGAGCAACGGGACGGCGCCUGGUCCGUUGGGGAUCAAAUAGUCGUCGCUUCAACGGGUCAGGGUCUCCCGGAAUCCGCCGAAAGGGUAGCGCCGAGCGCACGCGGACCAGUAUCCUUCCCUCGGGCCCCUUGACUUGUCAGGAAUCCAACGGUCGUCGCUUUGACAAGUCCGGGGGUUCCGCGGGAGUGAACGUGGCCAGUUUUCUUUUUUUUUUCUUUGACCCUCUUUUCCCCUCAUUUCCGGGAAAGACGGGGGGGUCGCUCGAGAUGAUCUUGGGCGGUCGGCGCGGUGCCGAAGUCUAUCGUACCAAAAUCGCAUCAAUCGUCGCGGUCGUGUCCGCGAUCCGAAGAAUCGAGGAUCAGUGAUAAAGUCAAGGAGGGCAGCCAGGCGUAGUCGUUGACGCAGACACACUUCACACUUCAUCCCCGGCGAUUGCGCUCGCACGCUCGUCGGGACACUCAUAUUACAAAUAGGUAGGAAGGAGCGGGAGGAGUAGGAGGAGGAGGCCGACAAGCCGAAGACGUGAUCGGCGCGGUAUCAGCGCGCCUUGUAAAUAAAAUUCCGUCGCUGUACCGUGCGGCGUCCGCUGUUGUAACGCGGCCCCGCCACUUCCGCCGAAGGACUUCGACUCAUCGAGAUCUUGGUCCAGAAGCCAGUUUCCGGCUCGUGAGAGAAGACAACGGCUCUCGAACCGUGUCGUAACCCUGAGAAGACACGGAUCGCAAGGAUCAGGACAUCCGGAGUCGUUACGCGCGAACAAAGUCGAUUUCUCACAGGAAACGCCGACCUCUAACUGUCCAUGAGAAGAGGGACGAGGGGGAAAAGAGGAUUCACCUGACGGAAGGAGCGAUCCGGAUUACAAAGCGGACGCCGCCGUGUCCGAGCAACACGUACAUACGACGCCACGAAAUACACACUAUUUUUUUAUACAUAACGCUCUACUCUUUAACCACGCAUCUUUUUGUACUUGUAUAAAGGCUUUUUUUUGUAGAAAAAAAGAAUAAAAAAAGA